ACCUUGCAUUGUCGAUUAUAAUUUAUCUGCCCACUGUCCUUUUGGCUGAUUAUUGCUCCAACUAUCAUUACUUUUAUGGUCUAUCAUAUUAUUUAACAUCGCAUCUUUAAGCCAGCAUUAGAAUCAAUUAUGAAUCUCACGGCCGCAUUGAGGGUACAGCGGGCUUGCGUUGCCCGUCGCAGCAUCUAUCUUCCCCGGAGGACGACGCAAUGGCGCAGCUAUUCUUCUGCUGUUUCGGAUGAUACACUUCCCUUGAAAGGUAUACGAGUUUUGGAUAUGACACGAGUUUUGGCUGGUCCAUACUGUACCCAGAUUUUGGGUGAUUUAGGAGCGGAUGUUAUUAAAGUCGAACACCCCGUGCGCGGUGAUGAUACUCGAGCGUGGGGUCCCCCGUACGCCACGUACACGGAUGGGUCCGAAGGUCCAGGAGAGAGUGCCUACUAUCUUGGAGUAAAUCGCAACAAGAAAUCAAUUGGUCUGUCUUUCGCUCAUAAGUCCGGUGUUGAGAUUCUACACCGGCUGGCGAAGGAAUGUGACGUCCUCGUCGAGAACUACCUUCCUGGUAGCCUUAAGAAGUAUAAUAUGGAUUAUGAGACCCUGCGCUCCAUCAAUCCUAAACUUAUCUACGCCAGUAUCACCGGAUACGGUCAGACUGGGCCAUACAGUAACCGUGCGGGGUACGAUGUCAUGGUGGAAGCGGAGAUGGGUCUGAUGCACAUCACGGGUAGUAGGGAGGGGGAACCGGUAAAGGUAGGCGUUGCUGUGACCGAUUUGACCACUGGUCUGUAUACAUCGAAUGCCAUUAUGGCAGCCUUGCUUGCGCGGGCGAGGACUGGUAAGGGACAGCAUAUCGAUGCGUGUCUGAGCGACUGUCAGGUUGCGACCCUGGCGAACAUUGCCAGCUCCGCUCUGAUCAGUGGUAAGAAGGAUUCGGGAAGAUGGGGAACCGCACACCCAUCCAUUGUGCCUUACCGAAGCUACAAGACGCUCGAUGGCGAUAUUCUUUUCGGAGGCGGGAACGAUAGACUGUUUGGUGUGUUGUGCGACCGACUUGGACACCCGGAAUGGAAGACCGAUCCCCGAUUCGUUACCAACAGUGAUCGCGUAAAGCAUCGUACGGAUAUUGAUGGUUUGAUUGAGGAAACUGUCAAGCAAAAGACCACGCAAGAGUGGCUUGAGAUCUUGGAGGGCAGCGGCAUGCCCUAUGCCGCAGUCAAUGAUAUUCAGGGAACGUUGAACCACUCCCACGUCCAAGCACGAGGCAUGGUCGCAGAGGUCGACCAUCCAGCCUGUGGACCCAUCAAAUUGGUGAAUACACCCAUCAAGUAUUCCCACGCAACCCCUGGCAUCCGGACACCGCCCCCAACCCUGGGGCAACAUACGGACGAGAUAUUGGGGGAGGUACUCGAGUAUGGCAAGGACGACAUUGCUCGGCUGAAGAAGGAUGGCGUAGUAGCAUAGAUUAUAUCAUACAGGAGCUCUGCUCGUCCGACUUGGCUGGUGGAUUGCUCUAGACUGCGUUGAAGAGCCGGUGGUCCGGAAGGUCACGCAUCUGCAGGAAUAAUCCCUACAUGGUUAGUUUUUCGUGCGACUACCGGCUCAUCCGCGCUGAAGAGUCCCGGAUAUCAUAGAGAAAUAGCUAGAAGAGAAUAACCUCAAUCCAGCCAUGCAUAUUGGACAGUGUGCCGCUGGCAGUUACACAAUUAAAG